AUGGUGAAGCGAGAACACAGUGUCCCACAGAAUAUGGGCUAUUACACCAAAGAGAUAGAAAACACAGCUUUAACAAAUAGAUCCUGUGUGUUUUUUACUGAUAUUUGUUUCUUGAUCUUAUACUAUGAACUUGCAGGAAUAAAUCCAGAUGCAUUGAUGUGUGCUGGAUUUGUGUCUGUUUAUGCUAGUGAUGAACUUGGUACAUACUGUAUGAGCGCCCAAUGUAAUGCAAGAGAUUUGCAAAGAUGGAGUGAGCCAAGAACAAGACCAGGAAGUUUCAGCAAUAUCCAUGCCUCAGGAGGGAUAUCUUGGAGCAACAGAUAUCAGGCAAAGCCUUAUGUCUUUGAUAGAGUGUUACCACCAAACACAACCCAGGAACAAGUUUAUAAUGCCUGCGCUAAGCAAAUUGUUAAAGAUGUUCUUGAAGGCUACAAUGGAACAAUUUUUGCAUAUGGACAGACAUCUUCAGGAAAAACACAUACAAUGGAGGGGAAGCUGCACGACUCUCAGCUAAUGGGAAUAAUUCCAAGAAUUGCACAUGACAUCUUUGAUCACAUCUAUUCCAUGGAUGAAAACCUGGAGUUUCACAUAAAGGUUUCUUAUUUUGAAAUUUACUUGGACAAAAUAAGGGACUUACUUGAUGUGUCAAAGACGAACCUUGCAGUUCAUGAAGAUAAAAAUAGAGUUCCGUAUGUGAAGGGCUGUACAGAGAGGUUUGUCUCUAGUCCUGAAGAAGUUAUGGAUGUCAUUGAUGAAGGGAAAGCAAACCGUCAUGUAGCGGUUACAAAUAUGAAUGAACACAGCUCUAGAAGCCACAGUAUCUUCUUGAUUAAUAUUAAACAAGAGAAUGUAGAAACUGAAAAGAAACUCAGUGGAAAACUUUAUCUGGUGGACUUAGCUGGAAGUGAGAAGGUCAGCAAAACUGGAGCAGAGGGCGCUGUUCUUGAUGAAGCUAAAAAUAUCAAUAAGUCUUUGUCUGCUCUGGGCAAUGUGAUCUCAGCAUUGGCAGAGGGAACUAAAACCCAUGUUCCAUACCGAGACAGCAAAAUGACUCGAAUUCUUCAAGACUCCCUUGGUGGGAACUGCAGAACUACCAUUGUUAUCUGCUGUUCUCCUUCCGUCUUCAACGAAGCAGAAACCAAGUCUACUCUAAUGUUUGGACAAAGAGCCAAGACUAUUAAGAACACUGUCUCUGUGAAUCUAGAGCUGACUGCAGAAGAAUGGAAGAAAAAAUAUGAGAAGGAAAAAGACAAAAACAAGAGUUUGAAGAAUGUUAUCCAGCAUCUGGAGAUGGAACUGAAUAGGUGGAGAAAUGGAGAAGCAGUGCCUGAGGAGGAGCAGAUUAGUGCUAAGGAGCAGAAAAAUCUGGAGCCAUGUGACAACACGCCUGUCAUUGACAAUGUUGCUCCUGUUGUUGCAAGCAUCUCAAAUGAGGAGAAGCAGAAAUACGAUGAAGAGAUAACCAGUCUCUACAGACAGCUUGACGAUAAGGAUGAUGAAAUCAACCAGCAGAGUCAGUUGGCUGAGAAACUAAAACAACAAAUGUUGGAUCAAGAUGAGCUUUUGGCUUCCACAAGAAGAGAUUAUGAGAAGAUCCAAGAGGAACUGACUCGUCUUCAAAUUGAAAAUGAAGCUGCGAAAGAUGAGGUGAAAGAGGUUCUUCAAGCUCUGGAGGAAUUAGCUGUCAAUUAUGACCAGAAAUCACAAGAAGUGGAGGACAAGACCCGAGCCAAUGAACAGCUGGUGGAUGAACUGGCACAGAAAACAAGUGCUUUGACAGUCACUCAACGAGAGUUGGGUCAGUUGCAGGAACUCAGUAAUCAUCAAAAAAAGAGAGCUACAGAGAUCUUGAACUUACUGCUUAAAGAUCUGGGAGAGAUUGGAGGAAUCAUUGGUACCAAUGAUGUUAAAACGUUAGCAGAUGUGAAUGGGGUCAUCGAGGAGGAGUUCACCAUGGCACGGUUGUACAUAAGUAAGAUGAAAUCUGAGGUGAAAUCUCUGGUAAACCGCAGCAAGCAGCUGGAGAGUGCCCAGAUCGACUCCAACAGAAAGAUGAAUGCCAGUGAGAGAGAACUUGCAGCCUGCCAGCUGCUCAUCUCACAACAUGAAGCAAAGAUUAAGUCCCUUACAGACUACAUGCAGAAUAUGGAACAGAAGAGAAGGCAUUUAGAAGAGUCACAAGACUCACUUAGUGAAGAGCUGGCCAAGUUGCGUGCUCAAGAAAAAAUGCAUGAAGUCAGCUUCAAGGAUAAAGAGAAGGAACAUCUGACCCUGCUUCAAGAUGCAGAAGAAAUGAAGAAUGCAUUGGAGCAGCAGAUGGAGAGUCACAGGGAAGCCCACCAGAAACAGCUGUCCAGACUACGAGAUGAGAUUGAAGAGAAGCAGAAAAUCAUUGAUGAAAUCAGAGAUAUGAACCAGAAGCUGCAAUUGGAACAAGAGAAACUGAGCUCUGAUUAUGAUAAAUUGAAAAUAGAGGAUCAGGAAAGAGAAAUGAAACUGGAAAAGCUCAUAUUGCUUAAUGAUAAAAGGGAACAAGCAAGAGAAGAUCUUAAAGGACUGGAGGAAACUGUGGCAAGAGAACUUCAGACCCUCCACAAUCUACGAAAACUCUUUGUCCAAGACCUUACAACUCGAGUCAAAAAAAGUGUUGAACUGGACAGCGAUGAUGGAGGAGGAAGUGCUGCUCAGAAGCAGAAAAUUUCCUUUCUUGAGAACAAUCUGGAGCAGCUUACAAAGGUUCACAAGCAGUUGGUACGUGAUAAUGCAGAUCUUCGUUGUGAGCUUCCUAAGCUGGAAAAACGACUUCGAGCUACAGCAGAGAGAGUUAAGACCCUGGAAAGUGCACUGAAGGAAGCCAAGGAGAAUGCCAUGCGGGACCGCAAACGCUACCAGCAGGAGGUAGAUCGCAUUAAAGAGGCUGUAAGAGCCAAGAACAUGGCAAGGAGAGCACACUCUGCUCAGAUUGCCAAGCCUAUCCGCCCUGGCCAUUACCCAGCAUCUUCUCCAACAGCUGCCCAUGCUAUCCGAGGAGGAGGAAUGUCAAACUCCAGCUACUGCCAGAACAUGAAAUAAGCAGUCAGGCUCCACUUAGCAUGUUCAAGACUGGUGUGUUUUUUUUUAACUUCAACCUGCUCUGCGUCCUGCCUAUCACGUGCUUUCUACAGCCAACUUCAGUGCAUUGUUUUCAAAUAUUUUGGGCUUCAUAGAAUCUCCAUGUGUACAGAAGUGUGUUCAGAUCAGCUCUUCUUUGGAAACAUGUACAAUAAAUGUAACAUAUCCAUCUAAGUAACAAUAGAAUGUCUGCCAUUCAAAAUAUUUUCCAUUGACUUCAUUUUACCCCUUGGCACUGUUAGGUUGGGGCUUCUCUGCUGGCACUGAUGCUUUUGAAGUACUCCAUGGCAUCAGUAAAACCUGACUUCUGACAUCAGAAUUAAUCAUUCAUCGAUAAAGUGCCAUCUAAAGCAGGUGAUUGUGUUCUACAGUGACUGAUUUACUGUAUAAUAUACAUAUUAUUUUAUAUUUUUACGGGAUGAAAAUGUGCUGCUAUAUGAUUAAAAUUGUGUAAACACAUUUUCUGAACUAAAUUUCCCUGAAGAAGCAUUUUUAAUAUCCUGGUGAAAUCUUUGGACCUGUAUAAAAUAUGCUUUACUGUCAUACCUGUUAAAGAUCAAACUAUGGAAUGGAGAGAAAUCUGUUAGCAUAGCACUACAUUUUGAAGUUUAGUGGUCACACAAAUGAUCUUAAAAUUAUCUGAUCUGCUUUUAAUUCUGCCAGUAAUGAUGGGUAUUCCCUGAAUUUGGUGGCUAGCUGUGAGUUUGUAAGCAUGGUUCAUUAUGAAAAAAACCUUGAAGAAUUGCAAAAUGCUGCAGAAAUCUUGUCUUGAGAAAAGGUGAGAUGCUUCCCCCUCCUAUCAUGUUUCUGGCAGGCCUUGAUCUGCUCAUAAUGGAAUUCAGAAAUGGGAGCUAAUACUGUUUUCGGUAGAGAAAAUUCUACUGAAUGCUCCUAAGAAUGGAUGGGGGUACAUAUAUCAAUUGUGCUGUGCAAAGAAAGUUUAGGAAGACAACAUGUGUUGACAGCUUUGUGCAAGGGCAAAGAAUGUAAAUAAUUCAUUCUGGAACUUGAUAAUAUGCAAAUCUGCCUAUGGAUAACUUUAGCUCAUUCAUCUGAUGAGACUUCUUGCCUUGUUUGGAUUCUCUUAGUGCCAGGUAUGAAACUUCCAUUUUCUCAGCUGGGAGCAUUGGAAUCACCAUGGAAAAGAUGGGCUAGCAGGCAAAAUUCAAAGCUCUUAUGCUAGAUACCUACUGCUUUAGUUUGAUAUGCACAUGUGAAACAAUACAUCUUAAGUAAGAGUAUACCCCUUGAAUCUUAGUUGCUGCUAUAUUUAAUUCUUAUUUAAUUUUGGGGUUAUUUUUGAUGUUCUGAAUUUGUCCUGUGUGUUGGUAGACCUAUAUUUUAAAAUUAUUUAACCUGCUAUAAAGAAUAUUUAAAUAUUCUGAAUUGACUUCAGAUUUUUUUUUCUACUGAAAUUAAUUAGAAAGCUCUCAAUUAUAGCACAGUAAGUUAGAUUUAAUUUAUUUUGUUAAAUGUUGCACUAUUUUGGCAAGCAUUUUGUUAAGUAUUUAAUAAGACUGCACAUAUGCAUUUGUUAAUUUAUUAUGUAUUUUCCAAGGUUUCAUUUCUUUUUUCUUUGAAUAUGGGCUUUGGCACCAUCUGGAAAAUGAACUGUGAACUUCUAUUACUGGAAAAUGCAUAUGGUGAUUAUUUCAAACCCUGUGAGAUCUUAAUAGCUCUUUAUAGGUUUAUAUAUUUAAAUUUGUAUUAAAUAUAUCAACUUUUUUUUGCUUCUAAAAUAGUUGUCUUAUAGGAAUGCCAACUAUCACUUACUAUUUUUAUGGUAAAUCAAACAUUCUGUAUUAUUUCUUCAUAUGCUGAAGUCAUGUAACUGGAUUAUUGUAGAAUAUUUUUCCUGUAUCCUCCUUGAUUUGAAAUCUGUUACAAAGCAACAUUGGAAAAAAUGAUUCUAGCUUAAAAAGAUUCUUGCCACAUCAGAACAAAAAGCAUAAACAUCCUCUUAUGCAUAACAGUUUAGAUAGUUAUCUUGAGCUUCACUGAUAAGUUAGCUCUGAUGUCUCUUAGAUAAUCAUGCUAGUGCUGAUCAGCCAGUCAGUCUAUCUAGCUAAGACCACUUAAGUGCCUCAGAGUUAACUUUUUUAGAUCCUAUGGUAACUAAUCACUGAAAUGCUGAAGAGGCAUAUUAUACUGAAAUCCUAAAAAUCCUGAAAAUUUAUAUAGUUUGAACUCAUGACUGUGUUGCUAUAACUUUUACUGUUGCUAGUAUCUUCCAUUCUUUUAAGACUAUUUUAGGUAAGGAUUUAAUUUCAUCCUACAUAAUUUGCAUUCAACAUUUUUACAACUUUUUAUAGUACCUUGUAUAUUUUAUACAAACUAGAAACCAUGCCUCUGCUAUUCAGACCUCAAAAGCCCAUAUUUUGUGGUUUCUUUUCCCUUUUCUUUUUCAAUGUUGAAUUUCAUAUUUAUUCUAGAUAGUUGUUUGCAAGGAAACUGAUUUCAAUAAUUUAGAUUAAAUUUAAUAUCUAUAACUUCAUACAUGGCAAGUUUUAGGAGAUACCUUUUAUGCAUUGAUUUUCAAUAUGAAAGUAAAAUACAUAUUUUUCAUAUGCUACUAGUGGCAUGUUCCCGCUCAUUUGUUUAUUUUUUAAACUGAGUUCUAUUAUCUUGUGUUUUUAUUCUUGAAUUCAUCUUUUAUUUAUUGAAAUGUGGUUUUGGUUUUGCUGAAAGUAAGGAAUGCUUUAAAAGCUGGAAAGAUCCUGGCUGAUAUGUGCAACCAAGUGUGUAUGUCACCAAACAAGGAAGGGUGAGAAUAGAUUAUCCUGAAUGUAUUGGAAAUUUUUUUUAAAUGAUUCUUCAGUACAUUAAAGUCUGUCUACAACAGACUUCUGAGUGACUUUUUAAAAAAUUCAGUUUAUGAAGAACCAGGAAUUAACAUACAAAUCUACCUGAAAACUGUAAGAGUAACUAUAGAAUAUGUAAAAUAAUGAGUGUGUCCUCAUCUGUUCAUUAAAUAUGAACAAUUUUCUAACUCAGCCAAAUCAGUCCUUGGAUUCCACAUAUCUGAAAGGAAUAAAUGUUUGAGGAAAUGUUGUGGCUUCGUACAACAGUAUGAAUGUAAUUUUCCUUAGUGAGGGAGGGGGAAGGGACAGGGACAACAAGGAAUGGGAAAUAACUUUUUAUAAUAUAAAGUAGAUACCCAGGACAAGAAAGGGACUCAUUAAACCAUACUAGCAGGAUAAUCUUAAUUGACUUUUGUUGUGACAUUUUUGCUUUAAGGAAUUUAUGAAUGGAAAACACAUUAGACAAAAAUAUUUGUUAAACAAAUACAGAAACAGCACUUCAGUGUCUGUCUUAAAUAACUUUGUCAAUUUGAAAUACUUGUCAUUGAAGAAGGACUUUGGUGACUGAGACAUUCUGUAGAAUUAUACGUGUCUAGUUUGUAUAGUGUGUAGUGUGUACUGCAGAUGUGUAUUCUCUGGGCUGUGUAUCUGUACAGUAGUGUUCAUUUUAGAAAAUAAUUACAUUUUUGUGAACACGUUUUUUGGUGGUAACAAGGGGAAUAAAUUGCCACUGCAGCAAAUGAUGCUGUAAACUCUUAACAACAGAUCUGAUUCCUUCUCCCCCUUCCAUGGAUAAAUCUUUUUAUCUUGGUUUUAAAAUACUAUCCAUUAAAGAUGUAUGGAUACACUGGCAGACUGCAUGAUGUAUCAUUUCAAACUGUUGAAGUGGAAAAUAAAAUUGAAUUAAACUUU